AUGAUCCUUCGACAACAAUACGAGACUGUCAGGAAGUCAGGGCAGUACUCGCGCCGAUUUGGUUCUCAUGGCUACAUUAUCGAAAGCAAUGUCAAUCUCGGCGACACACUGCAAAAAAUUGGUGAUUUAGAUGAACAUGACAACCAGACACACUAUGCAACUCCUUCACGGGUACAGUAUCUUCACGUCUACUGCGAUGUGCUCGAGGUUGCUCUUGAAGAAGAUGGCUCAGUCCAGAUCAGAGCCCCUCACAAGCUGCGAUGGCUUCGGAUUUUUGCGAGGAAGCUUAGCUUCCCUGCAGCGCGAGUACCGGAAUCCGAAAGCUCUCCCAGCAAUGUCGAGAGAGUCACGGCAUUUUGGAACAUCUCGGAUAGAGCAUUCAAGCUUUUUGGCUUUGAAAUGAAGCGUUUAGCAACCACGCUUGGUCAUGAUUAUAUCGCUGCCACUGGCGCAUUUCCUGCGAAAAUCACCGAGAUCACUGAUCUAAGCCCAACGGAAUUUGAUCUUCGCCGGCCAGAAGUCGAGAUGAUGGACAACCUGGGCACUAUUGACAGACUGACGUACAAGAACAAUGAGCUUGCUAUUUUUGUAAAGAACCAAUUGCAAUUAGCCAUCACUAGUAUGAACUCGGGGGCGCCGUCGCCUUCGUCCGAGCGGAGCAUCAUCGAAGUUCUCCACAGCCCAGAAAUCACAUCGCGGCUAGAGUUCAUCACUCUCAUCACCAAGGGCUACGUUAUGAUGGCAGAUGUCAGAAAGGUAGCCUCUACCCUGCUCUACCGCCUGAGAGUGCCCGACGCGGCACGAGUCUGGGUGCCCAAGUCCUCGUUCAGCAGCCUGCACUCGAGCCUGACGCAGUGGGAAGACUAUGCGAGGGCGAUUGAGGAUGCUUGCGAUACGCAAAAAAUCUUGAACAACGGGGCCGAUAAGGUGUUGGAGAAGAUGACCUUGUUCCAGCUACAAGACGCCAAGCUUGAUAGAAAGAAUUUCGGCAAUCGCUACAAGGAGGCAGCAGACGCUUUGUCCUCCUUGGCUAAAGAUUUUGACACGUUCAAAGUGGGUUUCCUCAUUGAAAAGGGGAAAUUUGAGCAGAGCGUGGAAAAAUGGAAACAGGAACAAUAUGACAAGAUGGUGCUUGACAUUGUAUUCGCGGGCAUCGAGAUCGCGGCUGCCAUCGGCAUCACCGUCUUCACACUAGGGGCAACCGCUGGUGGAGUUGUGGCCGGCGCCGGCGAGUUAGCCAACACGGUAGAGCACAUAAGCCAGACGGCCGAGAAGACGGAGAAGGCCCUCUCCGAGUUUGAAAAGCUGAAGCUCAUCUUUGAACGGAUCGGCCAGAUGAGGGAGUGGACAGAAAAGGCCAAGGAGUAUUACAACAAGGUCAACGAGGCGCUCAACAGCGACCCCAAGCAUCCCAGCGACGGCUUAGCCAAAGCCCAACUUGUACCGCCGACUGAUCUCGAGGCCAUCAAUUUCUAUGAGCUCCUCAACCAGUGGGACGACUUUGAGAGAGAGAACAAUGCCAUGUUCAAGGAAAUGGCAGGCGUGGAUCCUCCCAUCGACGGGCUGAGCCAGUUCCAGAUGGCUAUGGAGAAGAUGACAAACAGGGCUCGCCACAUGAUCCAGGCUCAGAAGGAGCUCCAGUCUAUUGAUAAUCAGCUCCGCCUAGCGGUUGAUCACGAACAGCUCCGCGAACAACGCAGAGAUAUGUUCGCAAAGGCUGCCGAUCCCGCCGACGACAGGUUCCUACAGUAUCAGAUGGACCAGAGCAUGCGAACCACGCGUCUGCAAAUAUUUUUGCUCUUGCAUGAGACAUUCUGUGCCUACGUCUUCGAAACUAACACCCAGUAUUUUCCAGCCGGGCUCGUUUUCCGUGACAAUGAGACAGUGAGCAAGUUGUCAGAAGCCAAGGCCCUCAUGUACCAAGCGCAUAAAAACUACCUUGGGCGUGGCGCAAUGGACACCAUAAUUCCCUUGAGAUUUCGGACAUCCACGGGACCGGGUAUGGCAAUCAAUAACAGCAUCUUCCCUCAGUCAUGGAAAAAGUUACUAGAAAGCCAGGGUCAGGUCCCGUUUUCUAUUCCAAUUGGGCAUCCAAAAUGUCUCAAGAAAUGUUUGGCAAGGAUCAAAUCAGCAAUGUUGUAUUUUGAAGGCAUCACACCGCGAGUCCCCGGUAGCACCCAACCCAAUGGCGGCUUAAAUAAGGAAGACCUAGAAGACCUAGUCGUCCCCUUGGUAAUUGAGUUUGGGCCUUUGAUGACGCAGCUAGAGCAUGACGGUACUGAGACUCAAUACUUUGGGUCUCUAAUGCAGGUUGAGUCUGACCAGCCCUUUGUCUUUCAAACCUCGGGGAGGGUAUUCCAGACAUUUCCCAAAUCCAGCAUGAGCCCUGCUUUGUAUACAAGUGGUCAAGUGAAGCUCAGGGCUAUGGGGUGGGAGGAAUGGGAUUUGAGCACGGUAACAGAGAUCAUUAUGGAAAUCCAUGUCCAAUCACACGGUGACGCAUAA